GUUUUCAGUAUGUCAGGGUGGCCAAGGAGAAAUACACUGCUGAGAACACCCUGUGCAGGCCUGGUAUUUCUUCCAGUUGUUUGAAACCCUUUGAAAGACCACUCAAGGUUUUCUCCAAGGCCCCAACUUUUCUGACUCCUCAAAUUCCCUUGGCCUGUUAGAGCAGCUCUCCCAGGGAGACCUGUGGGAGAGCCCAGAGCUGGUAACCAGAAGGAAUGGCAGAGAGGAUUUGUUCCCGGUGCCCGCAGCAGUGGUGAAAAAUUCGAGGAUGCUGUCAUCUCUGUAAGAAGAGCUUAAAAUAUCUAUUUUCAGGACGUCCCUCUGUUCUUAACCCUGAGGAAGAUAAUGGGUUCUCUGCUGAGAGAGCUCUUCUCACUCCUGCUUCUCCAGGUGUCCAUGUGGAGUUCAGAUUCAUUCUCAGUGAUCGGCCCCACGGAGCCCAUCGUGGCCAUGCUGGGCAGUGACACGGUGCUGCCCUGUCGCGUGAACCCGCCCAUGAGCUUGGAGAACAUGGAGCUGCGGUGGUUCCGCGCGCAGUUCUCGGAUGCCGUGUUGGUGUACCGGAAUAGAGCGGAGCAACUGGGAGAACAGCUGGUCGAUUAUAAAGGCAGGACAGAGAUGGUGAAAGACUACAUCACUGAGGGAAGGGUAGCUGUGAGAAUCCACAGCCUGCGAGUCUCUGAUAACGGCAUAUACAAGUGUUUUUUCAAAAAAGACACCGAUUUUGAAGAAGCCAUUCUGGAGCUGAGGGUGAUAGGUCUGGGUUCUGGUCCUUUUAUUUCCAUGGUGGGUCCAGAAGACACAGGAAUAAGACUGAAGUGCACAGGCAAGGGAUGGUUUCCCCAGCCUGACAUACUAUGCAAAGAUGCAAAGGGAGUGAAGAUAUCACCUCUAUCUGAGGUCGAGACCCAGGACGAUGACGGAUUGUAUCAGAUGGAAGUAUCCCUUAUUGUCAGAGACAGCUCAAACAGAGACGUGUCCUGUUCCAUGAAGAACCCCUUCUUUGGACAAGAGCAGGAGGAAACCAUUUCCAUCCCAGAGCCCUUCUUCCCUAGGACCUCCCCUUGGAAGAUAGCAUUUGUGUUGACUUUUAUCAUACUUGGGAUUUUCGUGGGCACUGCUGUGUUCUUGGCUUGGAAAGGACAACAGAAAAACAAGAAAUUACAGGAAGUCAAGGAGGAAAAAGAGAAAGAAUGUAAAGAUAAAGAGAAUUUCCAGAAGGAGCUUGAGAGAAGGAAAGAAUUAUAUAAACAUGACUGGAAAAAAUCAAAGUUAUAUGCUGACUGGAGAAAGGAGCAGUUCAUACCAGUGGAUGUUACUCUGGAUCAAAAAACAGCUCAUCACAACCUCCAUGUAUCUGAGGAUAGAAAACAAGUCUCAAUACAGAGUCAAGAUGAAUCUGAAGAUAUCUUCAGUGUUCUGGGCCAGAAUUGUUUUAGCCAAGGAAGACAUUACUGGGAAGUAGAAGUAAAUUUGGAGGAUGAAGUUGGACCUGGAGCUAGAUGGGCUCUGGGGGUUUGCUCCGAUACAGUGAAGAGAGAAGGGUGGUUUGUAGAAAGUCCAGAGAAGAAUUUCUGGGUGGUGAGCUACAAGGACGGAGAAUUCAGGAUUCCCAUCUUAAAGGAACAACAAGGAGGGAAAAGUCAGGAUUCUCAUUGUCUGUCACCGAGGUGUCUCCCCAAGAAGAUAGGAGUUUUCUUAGACUGGGAGGAAGGGGAUGUGUCUUUUUAUAACAUGGUUGAUGGGUCCCACAUCUAUUCUUUUAGUAGAAUAAAAUUUUGUGGGACCCUCUGUCCUUAUUUUAGCCUUCAGGGUUCUGGCACGUCUGUGACCAUCUGCUCAGAAAAGCAUCCUGAUUCUUCUCCAAAGACCCCUGAAACUCACUUGACAAACUGUGAUACGGAUGUCCUGCAAGAAGCUAAUUCUUUAUUACCUUCUCAGGAAGUGAAGUGUUAACAUCUCUGCUCCUCUGCUUGUGUUGAUUAUAGGAAUAUUCUCUAAGAAAGCUGACCUGGUGGAGAACGGGUCAAGUUUACUAGUUAAGAUUUCAGACCCUUUCAAAGGAGAGGCAGAGAGAGGAAGGGACAACUGGAAAACAUCUGGGGAAUUUCCUUUAGUGUUACUUUUGGGGAGAAACAGUAUCUUUUUGAGCAGCAACAAUUUGUCACAAGAAUAUGAAGGGCUAUGUGGUGGAGGUUGGGUGCUUGGGUGGUGUGAGUGUCAUGGUAAUGAAGGGAGACCUAUACUUUCAAAAUAGGAACAAUUAAAUCAACACUAGCUCAAUUUUAAAAAGGAAAACUGCAAACAGAUGCAUGGCACCUUUUCCAUUCUGGUGUUCAGUAUGUGUUGAAGUAAAUAUGUGUGUGCUGAAGUAUUCUUUUAAUUGUAUGUGCCGAAGUAUUCUUUUAACUGUGGUAACAUUAGGAUUUCUCCCUUGAAGUAUCGCCACAAUAGUGCACCCACCACCAGAUCAUCCCUAUUCCACCACCAUCAUCCCAUCAUCCACCCUGUUUCCUUCCUCUUUGUCCUAUUCCUUACCCCCUCCCACUGAAAUAAAUAUUUUUAAGCUAUAAUAAAA